AUGGCGACUGCCAGGGAGAAUUACGAGCUCGGUUUGGUUGGCGCAGACAUAGAAUCUGGAGAAGAUGAUAAAGACCAGAUCCAACAUGUGGACAAUAAGGCAAAGGACAUUCAAGGUCCCACAGUCGCCAACAACGCUAGACCAGCUUUCGAGCCUCCUGAAUACGUGCGGAACAUGACUCCAGAACAACGAAUUUCGAUCGAGCGUAAAUUGAAGCGGAAGAUCGAUAUGAGGCUGAUGCCCAUGAUUGUGCUCAUGUACAUCAUGAACUAUCUAGAUCGCAACAAUAUUGCUGCUGCGAAACUGGCUGGUAUCAUUGAGGACUUGAAGUUAAAGGGAACCCAAUUCCAGACAUCCGUGAGCAUUUUGUUCGUGGGAUACCUGCUCAUGCAAAUCCCGUCCAACCUCUUCAUGAACAAAAUCGGAAAGCCAGGGAUCUAUCUUCCAGCUUGCAUGAUUGUUUGGGGUGUGAUAUCGACUUGCACGUCAGCAUGUCAGACGUAUGGAGGGCUUAUUGCCUGUCGGUUCUUGCUGGGUUUCGUUGAGGCAGCUUACUUUCCCGGAUGUCUCUACUAUCUCUCCUGUUGGUACACUCGCCAAGAACUCGGAUUCCGAACCGCAAUCUUCUACUCUGGGGCUCUGAUCAGUGGAGCAUUCUCUGGCCUCAUCACAGCCGGCAUUAAAUCAGGUUUGGAUGGCGCUCGAGGACUACGAGCUUGGCGUUGGCUGUUUAUAAUUGAGGGGGCUAUAACGAUAGUAAUCGCCGCUGCUUCCCUUUUCAUCCUACCGAAUUUCCCGGCAACAACGGGAUGGUUAACAGAGGAAGAGCGGCAGUUAGCUGUGUGGCGUCUUGAAGAAGACAUCGGUCAGGAAGAUUGGUCGGACUCGAAACAACAGUCUUUCAAAGAGGGCAUGAAGCUUUCAAUUUUAGAUCCCAAAACUUAUGUUUUGAUGGUUAUGCUCUUUGGUAUUGUUGCGUCUGGAUCCGUCACGAACUUUUUCCCGACCGUGGUAGAAACUCUCAAUUACAACGAUAUCGACACACUACUUCUGACAGCACCACCAUACGUACUAGCCGUCAUAACUACCUUCCUCAAUUCAUGGCACGCCGAUAAAACCGGUGAGCGAUUCCUCCACAUCGCCAUCCCCCUCUGCUUCGCAGUCUUCGCCUUCAUCCUCGCCGCAGCCACCACCACCACCGCCCCCCGCUACGUCGCCAUGAUGAUCAUGGUCCCCGGUGUCUACAGCGGUUACGUCGUUUCACUAGCAUGGAUCAGUAACUCGAUUCCCCGGCCGCCGGCAAAGCGCGCUGCGACCCUCGCGUUCGUCAAUGCGAUCAGUAAUACGAGUUCGAUCUAUGCGAGUUAUAUGUAUCCUGCAUCUGCCGCCCCGAGAUAUGUGGUCGCGAUGAGCGUAAACUGUGCUAUGAGUACGAUGGCGAUUUUGGGGGCGUUGGCGCUGAGGAUUAUUCUUAUGAGGCUGAAUAAGAAACUGGACCGGGGGAUUUUUGUGGAGGGGGCGAUCAAUUCAGGUGUCACGGAGGCGGAGAAGAAAGGAUUCAGAUUCAGGUUAUAG